GCUGAGAUUUUUUCGCAGACUUUUUUUUUUUUUUUUUGAGACCACUGAAUAAGCACACCAGUAACAGUAACUUCUCCAUUACUCUCUUACACCAGCUUUUACACCAUGCCAAAGAAGCCAUUUAUCAAUCGAAAAGAUGCAAAGCAUUUCCAUGUCGUUCACAGAUCUCAAAAGGAUCCUCUGAUUAACGACGAAGGCGCAUCACAAAGAGUGCUUCAGGAGUUUGUUCCUCCCAACAUUCUAAAGCACAAAACUCAAGAGCAAAUUCAAUCCAUACACCACCGACCAGAAAAAUUGACUCAGGACCAGAUUGACGAAAAGGUCGGUCAGGCUGCCCUCUACGGUGUGUACUUUGAUGAUAGUGAAUAUGACUAUACACAACAUUUGCGACCCAUCGGUGCCACCGAUGCUGUGUUUUUGGAAGCGCCAUCGAAAAAGAAGGAAAAGCAACCCGCCACCGGGGGUAUCAACUUUGUAGAUGAAACCGUCAACGAAGAGCUUCACCGAAAAGACCGCAAAGUUCACCUACCUGAAGGAGUCCUUCCAUCCGACAUCGAAUUGUUUACACCCAAGACGCCUCUCCGAAGUAUCGACUUGUUUGACGGUGGCUUGCAGCCCGACAUGGACCCUCGACUUCGUGAAAUUAUGGAAGCUCUUGAUGACGAAGCGUAUGUGGAAGACAAUGUUGAAGACUUUUUCGACAAUUUGAACGCUCCUGGAGAGCGAUACGAGCCUGAUGAAUUUGACGAUGACGAAGAGUAUUACGAAGAAGAAUAUUACGAAGAUGAAGAGUAUGAUGAAAACGGCGAGCCUGUGACCUAUGAGCCCUUGGACGAUGAAGCACCUGAAGCUGUGCCUAUCCCUUCGACAAAUUGGGAAGCCGCUUUCAAACAAUUCAAGAAGAACCAACACGCUGGUCUGGGCUCAGACGAUGAGGACGACCGACGCUCUGGAGUGACUGGUAUGACAAGAGCCACCACUGCUUCACACCGAAAUGCCAAUCUUACCUUGUUGGAUGAGCGAUUUGAAAAGAUUGAAGAGGAAUACGAAGAAGAAGAGUCUGACUUUUACGAUUCGGAGGAAGACGAUGAGCCAAUGGUGGCUAGAGAAGACUUCAACGCUAUUCUCGACGACUUCUUGGAUAACUACGAGGUGGUUGGCAAGAAGAUGGUGCACAGACUGGAAGGUGAUACGAGUGAGGCCAAGUUGGAUUCAAUCCGUAACGCUCUUGGUGCAGCCAAACUCGAUAACGUAGAAACCGACAGCCCCAUGCCUUCCAGACCGACCCAGAACAACCGAAUUGAAGAUGUUGACGUUUGGGAACGACCCGUCAAACAGCGAGCUACAUGGGAUUGCCAGUCUGUCAUUAGUACAUACUCCAAUUUGGAAAACCAUCCUAGACUGAUCAAGGAAGACAGCUUCCGCAAGCGGAUUCAGAUUGAUCCCAAGACGGGUUUGCCUGUUCUUGUUGAAGCUGGCAAGAAGCAAAAGGCAUCCCGUAAAUCGAGACUGCGUGAAGAAGUUGAGGAAGAAGAAGAAGAGGAAGCAAGUGGUUCAGAAGACGAUGAAGAUCGAGGUGUGGCUAGAUCCAAGAGUGAAUCAAAGGAGGAAAAGAAGGCACGAAAGGCUGCAUUGAAGGAACAAAAGAAGAACCGUCGAACGGAAAAGAAGGCAACCAAGGAAGCGUUCAAGAAUGAAGAAGCCAAGCAAAUCAACAGUCUGCAAAAUCAACGGGUCAAUAAGGGCGUUAAACAUAUUGCCUAGAGUUUAGCUUUUUCCCAUCCAUAGAUUCCCCCAUUCACCUCACCUCACUGUAGCAUAAUAGCACUACGCUGUAUUGUAUUCAUUCCCAUUUGUUCUAGUUGUCAUCCGAUAUAAAGUAAUGGGGACUCAACCCACCCACACUUACCCAGUGUA